AAGUACUCGUCGCCCGGGAGCGCGCUGGUUAGGAAGGGAAGGUCAGAGGUCGUAGGGCAGAAGGCGUUCCAGCUGCUGGCCCAGUCGCUAUGUAGCGAAGGGGUAGACGUUCUCCCGCAAGUUCUGGAAGGUUCUUAUGCUCGACUAGGGUAGUAGCCCCAGGACUCCUAGUUGCAGGCUUCAGGUUCCUGCCGGCUGAACGGAGCCGCCGCCGUCAUGUUUGGCUGCCUGGUGGCGGGGAGGCUGGUGCAAACAGCUGCACAGCAAGUGGCAGAGGAUAAGUUUGUUUUUGACUUGCCUGAUUAUGAAAAUAUCAACCAUGUUGUGGUUUUUAUGCUGGGAACAAUCCCAUUUCCUGAGGGAAUGGGAGGAUCUGUCUACUUUUCCUAUCCUGAUUCAAAUGGAAUGCCAGUAUGGCAACUCCUAGGAUUUGUCACCAAUGGGAAACCAAGUGCCAUCUUCAAAAUUUCAGGUCUUAAGUCUGGGGAAGGAAGCCAACAUCCUUUUGGAGCCAUGAAUAUUGUCCGAACUCCAUCUGUUGCUCAGAUUGGAAUUUCAGUGGAAUUAUUAGACAGCCUGGCUCAGCAGACUCCUGUAGGCAAUGCUGCUGUAUCCUCAGUUGACUCAUUCACUCAGUUUACACAAAAGAUGUUGGACAACUUCUACAAUUUUGCUUCAUCAUUUGCUGUGUCUCAGGCCCAGAUGACACCAAAUCCCUCUGAAAUGUUCAUUCCAGCCAAUGUGGUUCUGAAAUGGUAUGAGGUAUGAAAACUUUCAAAGACGACUAGCACAGAACCCUCUCUUUUGGAAAACAUAAUUUAAAUAAAAUAAUUUUUAAUGGA